UGUUUUGUUUUUACGACCUGGAGCCAUGUUUGUACCGUAUUACCAACAGCCUGCGACAACGUACACUAUGUGUGCCGUACCUGGCACAGUGCCCACUUUUGGUGGAGCAGUGGUUCGCACGAGAGCCACUGGUAAAGUCACAGCAAGAGUGGAGAUUGACGGCGAGGUUCAUGAAAUUCGAUAUGGACCAGGCUCAUAUGGGUGUAGCACCCAUGGCGUGGUCGCAGUUUCUAUCGUUCCCCUGUCCCAGGAGAGGAAUUCGAAUCUCCUGCAGACUUCUUCCCACCCUGUAAGGCUGCAUUGAGACUUCCGCUCUUCAACUGCACCGGCAUCGGCGUUUGCCUUCGUAUGGUAAUUACAUAAUCAUAUAAACACACUGUUCAUUGCUUUAUAGUUAUAUAGUUAUAUUUUCUCUUUUUGUGGCGCAAGAUUCAGCGACCGUUCCAAGGUGCCAAGCCAUGUUGGGUUUUUUGCAGUCCAUCGGGGCCUUUGACGCUUUACCAACCAUCGACAACAGCCCGCAGCGCACGCCCGGCACGCUGCAGGUUGCGCUACCCUUUUGUGGCAGCAUGCAAGAGCUUUUGGUGAUCACCGACUUCUUGGCCAAGCAGGUCUUAGGACAACAGAAUGUCAAACAGAUUGCCAUCAUGGGCUCGGAUCUUUUCGACUGGAACUUGAAAGGUGGCUAUUGGAGACAGAAGGAGCUGCAUGUGAGACGGCAACUUCCUGGCAUGGAUUUGAAGUUCUGCCAGUUGGACUUGUCUGCUGUUCAGCAUCCCCCUGCGUCCUUGGUCUUUGCAAUCCAUCCAGAAUGCACAGUGCAAAGAGAGCUGUGGAAGAAGAUCCUGUCAAAUGUUAUAUCUGCAACUGUUGGCCUUUGUGUUGUGGCCACCUUCUCAGAGGACGAGGCGAAGGUAGUGGCCAGCAUCGGCCAAGCCCUCCAGCGUCGCUGUCAAGUUCAUCAGAAUCCGUACUAUGAAGGCGCAAGCCCUCCUAGCGGUCCUAGCGGGCCGCCCAGUGGGCCUGGCGGGUGCUAUCCAAACCCGCCCUUCAUGAAGUACAUCGUGACGGUCACCCGAUGAUGCAACAUGACGCGACCAAAACAAAUUGCCACAGACGAGAUGCGCAAGACUUCCACUUUUGAUAGAAGUGGAAACAUAUAAGCGAGAGAGAGAGAGAGAGAAAGAGAGUGCCAGGGGCCUCGCGCGAAGUGAUCCCCCGCUUGCCCGCUUUCCUUUUGGCUCCCUUCUUUCUCAAGGUCUCAAGCAUCGCGUAGCAUCGCC